AUGACGGAGAACGCAACGGUUAUCACAAUUACGGAGCUAGUACACGGAGGUCGAGCCAUCACCGGUGCAUCCUCGCUAUUCUCAUCCACUGUUAAGCCGCCUUCACAUUCGUCUUCCGAAUCAAGCACUAGGAACCCUCAAUCACGUUCCGCUGCCGUCGAUUCAGACAAUACCCGUAGAUUUCUCGAACCAUUGAACUACCCAGGGGUUAUCGUCGGCACUCUCGCUCUUCCUUCCGAAACCCUAAAAUGUCCGAAUCGCUAUUGCUUUCGAUUCACAGAUGGUAACUUGACAAUCUGCUGUGAUAUACUUGGUCUUGAAAUCCGUGCGAUUGGGAGUAAGAUAUGUGUUUUGUCUUGGAAUUUCCUUUCUAUGAGCCAUUUUAAUGGGUUUUUAGAGAUUAUCAAGUGGAAACUCGUGAAUACUGGUCAGUUGCUUUCCAGGUGUACUAGUAUUGAUUCGUUUCCGUUGGUUCCUCUUCUGAAUUCAGCGCAAAACGGUGACAGUAAGUCGCGAUAUAGCGUCCAUUGUGUGUUAGAAUCCAUUAGCCCUGUGUCUGUUGUUCCUUGUAUGGAAGGAGAUUCCGUUGAUUCUCUAGUUGGUGGAAAUGUUGCUCUAUCGGGAUUGAAAAAGAAGUUGGUUUAUACAGGAAAAUGUGAUUCUCUGUUGGUGGUGUUUGUGACGACUGAGAACUCUGUCCUCCGUUCACCUUGGUUUUCUAAGAAACAGCUAGUUUCGAAAACUGUUGUUGAUAGGAAAGGUAACUGCGGUUCCUACCUCGGAUUUGUCAAAGGCUUGUACAUGAAAGGGAAGCUUGUUGAGCUUGAUGAAGAUGUCUGGAUUUUAUUGACGGAUCAGAUACACAACACACCACACAGUGUCCGAACUGAUUCACUUAUCUUUGUUAGAAAUGUACAUUUUGUGAAUACCAAAUUUUCUUGGGGAGAAGUGCUUACACUUGGGGCGUGCUUCAACACCAGCAUCACUUGA